AUCGUCACCUGUGAUACGUAAACACAAUAUGUCUACCGUGAUGCUGGCACGUCGCGUUUUGUGCAAACAAAUAACCGAUUUCGUUGGUUUAACAACAUCAAUGUUAAACCAAGUACCAAGGAGGUAUCGAUUUAAGUUCGUGGAUAUACCGAAGCCGGGCGUUGGCGGUAAAAGUUGGCGAAGAAUUGUCCAUUUCAAAGACAAAUACACGGUAGAGCCGUUGGAAGUUACAAAUUUAGCUGGCAGGGAUCCUGUCACAGGUAGAGUAGUCGCUAUUGGCAUCGGCGGUGGUAUAAAGCACAAAUACCAUUGGAUCAAUUGGAUCAGGGAUGGGCCCAAAGACCUGAACGAGCCACCCAAGGAGGAGAAAGUCCUCGAGGUCUUCAAAGACGGUUGUAGAACGGCUUUCGUCGCGUUGAUCGGCACGAAUCGCGAGCUGAAAUAUAUCUUGGCCACGGAGAACAUGAAGCCGGGCGACGUGCUGCGCACCCAUAUGGGAAUACCGCGUAAUUAUGUACGACCGCGCGAGGGAGACGCCUAUCCUCUCGGUGCUUUGCCCGUUGGGACUAUAGUGCACUGUGUGGAAAAGUAUCCAGGCGUGGGUGGUUUCCUCAUUCACGCGGCUGGCACUAGCGGGACGGUGCUGAAGCGCAGCGGCGACCGUGUGAUCGUCCAGAUGCCCAGCAAAAAACAAUUCAGCCUGCACGAAUCGUGCAUGGCCUCGGUCGGCAGAUUGUCGAACGUCACGCACGAUUCCACGCCGGUCGGUAGCGCGCAGAAGAACCGCGAAUUGGGAAAUCGGCCGAGGAGCGGUCUCUGGCAUCGCAAGGAUGGUAGACAUGGUCGAAAGAUCAAGCCGCCUCCGCCCGUCAAAGUGAUCGAUACCAAGGCCGCCUCCAAGUUCGAGAAGUGCCAGUUAAGUUUAAACUGUUUCCCAUACUGAGUCGUCUGGCGAGCACGUGAUAACCAUAACGAUAAAGCGAGACACACGCAAUAAAAACUCAUACGUUACUGGAA